GUGUGUGUGCGCGAGAGUGUGUGUGUGUGUGUGUGUGUGUGUGUGCGCGUGUGUGUGUACGUGGGGGGUGUGAGUGUGUGUGUGUGGAAGCGAGAGUGCGUGCGUGUGUGUGUGUGUGUGCGUGUGUCUGUGUGUGUGUGCGUGUGUGUGUGUGAGUGAGUGAGUGAAUUCCAGAUUUUCUGUCUUUCCAAAACCCGCUCCUGUCCUCUCGCAUAUCACUCACAGACGCGGAUCUGACAGCAGCCACCAGCCUACGGUGAUCUCUCUCUCCCCCCUGCGCGAAUCCGCCAUAGAGAUCGGCGAGGAGGAGGAGGAGGAGGAAGAGGAGCAGAAGGAGGUGGAGGAGGAGGUAGUGGAGGAGGAGGAGGAGGGAAAGAGGAGAAGGAAGAAGAGGAAGAAAAAGAAGAAACCCACUACCUUCCCAGGAUUGCUUUUUUUCCUUAUCUUUACGCGCGCGUGUGCGUGCGGCGCGUGUGCGUCCCUCGUCCCUUCCAUCUGAACCCGGUCUUGGAUGUUUAAUAAAGAAAUCAAGUGUCUCCACAGUCACCACAAAAAAAUCAAAAAUUCCAAAAACAAAAAACAAAAAGAGAGAGAGGAAAAAAAAAUCCAAAACAAACAAACAAGGCAGAGCCAACCUCUACUUCCAACCAGCCGGCACCAGGCACCGGUAUCUGCCACCCAGAGAGGGGGGUCUCUGGCCCGUGGUGGAGGAGUUGCAGGGGGGAUCGUCAGGGGGACAGAGGCCGAGUGACGCCCCAGGAGCCACCAGGCAAGAGGCGGAGGAGCCCCAGAGAGGCGAGAGAGACAGCGGGCCCCCGCGCGCGACUCGGGGCUGGGGCGCCAGAAGUGGGACUGGAGCGAAGUAGAGCGAUGCCAAGGAGAAAACAGCAGGCACCCAAGCGGGCGGCAGGCUAUGCCCAAGAGGAACAGCUGAAGGAAGAGGAGGAAAUAAAAGAGGAAGAGGAGGAGGAAGAAGACAGUGGUUCUGUAGCUCAGCUUCAGGGCAGCAAUGAUCCAGGGACAGACGAGGAGCUAGAAACGGGCCCAGAGCAGAAAGGCUGCUUCAGCUACCAGAACUCCCCCGGAAGUCAUUUGUCCAAUCAGGACGCCGAGAACGAAUCCCUGCUAAGCGAUGCCAGUGACCAGGUAUUGGACAUCAGGAGCGUCUGCGGCCGAGAUGUCUCGGACAAGAAAGCAAACACUCACCCCAAACUUCCGAAGGAAGCACACAACUGCAUGGAUAAAAUGACCGCGGUCUAUGCCAACAUCUUGUCUGACUCCUAUUGGUCAGGCCUGGGGCUUGGCUUCAAGCUGUCCAAUAGUGAGAGGCGGAAUUGUGACACCCGAAACGGCAGCAACAAGAGUGAUUUUGAUUGGCACCAAGAUGCUCUGUCCAAAAGCUUGCAGCAGAACUUGCCUUCUAGAUCUUUCUCUAAGCCCAGUCUGUUCAGCUCGGUCCAGUUGUACCGGCAGAGCAGUAAGAUGUGUGGGACCGUUUUCACAGGGGCCAGUAGAUUCCGGUGCCGGCAGUGUAGCGCUGCCUAUGACACCUUAGUUGAGUUGACUGUGCACAUGAAUGAAACCGGUCACUAUCAAGAUGACAACCGCAAAAAGGACAAGCUUAGACCCACCAGCUACUCAAAGCCCCGGAAAAGGGCUUUCCAGGAUAUGGACAAGGAGGAUGCACAAAAGGUUCUGAAAUGUAUGUUUUGUGGGGACUCCUUCGAUUCCCUCCAAGAUUUGAGCGUCCACAUGAUAAAAACAAAACAUUACCAAAAAGUGCCUUUGAAGGAGCCGGUACCAACCAUUUCGUCAAAAAUGAUCACUCCAGCGAAGAAACGUGUUUUUGAUGUCAAUCGGCCAUGCUCCCCUGAUUCAACCACGGGAUCCUUUGCAGAUUCCUUUUCUUCUCAGAAGAAUGCCAAUCUGCAGCUGUCUUCCAGUAACCGCUAUGGCUACCAAAAUGGUGCCAGCUACACCUGGCAGUUUGAAGCCUGUAAGUCCCAGAUCUUAAAGUGUAUGGAGUGUGGAAGCUCCCACGACACCUUGCAGCAGCUCACCACCCACAUGAUGGUCACAGGCCACUUUCUGAAGGUCACCAGUUCGGCCUCCAAGAAAGGGAAGCAGCUGGUGUUAGACCCUGUAGCGGUGGAGAAAAUGCAGUCAUUGAGUGAGGCUCCAAACAGUGAUUCUGUGGCUCCCAAGCCAUCAAGUAACUCAGCUGCAGACCACACAGCCUCUACAACCGAGUUAAAGAAAGGGAGUAAAAAAGAAAAGCCAGAGGAAGCCAACAAGGAAGAGAAAGUUGUGAAAAGCGAGGAAUAUGAAGAUCCCCUGCAAAAACCUCUAGACCCUACGAUCAAGUACCAGUAUCUAAGGGAGGAAGAUUUGGAAGAUGGCUCAAAGGGCGGAGGGGACAUUUUGAAGUCGUUGGAAAAUACUGUCACCACGGCUAUCAACAAGGCUCAAAACGGAGCUCCUAGCUGGAGUGCAUACCCCAGCAUCCAUGCCGCCUACCAGCUGUCAGAGGGCACCAAGCCCUCUUUGCCUAUGGGCUCCCAAGUACUGCAGAUUCGACCUAAUCUCACCAACAAGUUAAGGCCAAUUGCACCAAAGUGGAAAGUCAUGCCACUCGUUUCUGUGCCCACGAACCUGGCCCCAUACACUCAAGUGAAGAAGGAGUUGGAAGACAAAGAGGAAGUCUUGAAGGAGUGUGGGAAGGAAAGUCCCCACGAAGAAGCAUUGUCUUUUAGUCACAGUGAAGGGGAGUCUUUCAUCAAAAGUGAACCCCCAUUAGAAUCCAAAAAGGCUGAGCCUUGUCCCCAAAAGGAGGAGGACAAGCUGAUGAAAGAGGGCGGUGAGAAGGAGAGACCCCAGCCCUUGGAGUCCACAUCUCUUAGCAAUGGCUGUGCACUCACCAACCACACUUCGGCCCUGCCCUGCAUCAACCCGCUCAGCGCCCUGCAGUCUGUCUUGAACAAUCACCUGGGCAAGGCCACGGAGCCCUUGCGCUCUCCUUCCUGUUCCAGCCCCAGCUCAAGCACAAUUUCCAUGUUCCACAAAUCGAAUCUCAACGUCAUGGACAAGCCGGUGUUGAGUCCGGCUUCCACAAGGCCAGCCAGUGUGUCCAGGCGCUACCUGUUUGAGAACAACGAUCAACCCAUUGACCUCACCAAGUCCAAAACCAAGAAAGCAGAGUCCUCGCAAGCACAGUCCUGUACGUCCCCACCUCAGAAGCAUGCUCUGUCUGACAUCGCCGACAUGGUCAAAGUCCUCCCAAAGGCAACCACCCCAAAGCCUGCCACAUCUUCCAGGGUCCCUCCCAUGAAGCUGGAAAUGGAUGUCAGGCGCUUUGAGGAUGUCUCCAGUGAAGUCUCAACUUUGCAUAAAAGAAAAGGCCGGCAGUCCAACUGGAAUCCUCAGCAUCUUCUGAUUUUGCAAGCUCAGUUCGCCUCGAGCCUCUUCCAGACAUCAGAGGGCAAGUACCUGUUGUCUGACCUGGGCCCACAAGAACGUAUGCAAAUCUCAAAGUUUACGGGACUCUCGAUGACCACCAUUAGCCACUGGCUGGCCAACGUCAAGUACCAACUUAGGAAAACAGGUGGGACCAAAUUUCUGAAAAACAUGGACAAAGGACACCCCAUCUUUUAUUGCGGUGACUGUGCCUCCCAGUUUAGAACCCCUUCUACUUACAUCAGCCACUUAGAGUCUCACCUAGGUUUCCAAAUGAAGGACAUGAACCGCAUGGCAGUGGAACAGCAAAGCAAGGUAGAGCAAGAGAUCUCCCGGGUAUCGUCGGCUCAAAGGUCUCCGGAAACAAUAGCUGGCGAAGAGGACACAGACUCUAAAUUCAAGUGUAAGUUGUGCUGUCGGACAUUUGUGAGCAAACAUGCAGUCAAACUCCACCUAAGCAAAACGCACAGCAAGUCACCCGAACACCAUUCACAGUUUGUAACAGACGUGGAUGAAGAAUAGCUCUGCAGGUAUGGGUUUGCUCCCAGGUGAUUGGGACAGUGGCCUUGUGAGGAGCUUCUCCAAAGGAGAUGUGUCUGCUUAGAGGCAGCUCACGUCUCCCAAUGCAAAGCAGGACAGUAGCUUGCUGGAAUAGGACUUAUUUUUACGAAAGACCAGAACAUGAGAAAAAAGUCCUUAGCCAUCCCCUCAAUUUCUCCAGUUUAGAGUUGGGGAAUAGAGCAAUAUGGGUGUAGAGAGGCAAAGCUCAUAGAUUACUGCUUCUUCUAGGCCUUCAUGAUACAUAUUCCCUUAGUUGCCCCAGGCCCAACCUCCAAGGUCCACUCAACCAAGGCUUCCCCUCAUUUUAAUGACGAGGUACUAACUUCUCUCACCAUCCCAUUUCACCAGCCCACCUUUCCACAGCCACAUUAAUGACUUAAGAAGUGAUAACAAGGUGAGCGCCAGAAUAUAGAUUGGUGAUGAUUAGGGGCAGUCAUAUACAGAGAUUUGUUAACCAGCUCAUGGAUAGCUUAACGUUGUCUUUCUUAUGGUUACUUGUAAUGAAUGCUUUUUGCAGCUUCCUUUCAGCCAUUGCUCCUUUCCACUCCUUUUCCCUUUGUGGAUAUCCUACAUUAAGCUUCCUGUAAGGGGAUUACCGAAAAAUAUUCUUCUCUGCAGAACAUUUAGAUGAAAAGAGAAGAAACUCAUUUUCUUCCCCCUUCUUUUGGUUUUCUUUAGUCUAGACUAAUAUCAGAGUCCACCUUGAACAAAGACAGAUGCAGUGCACGCGCUUGUGGUUGUAUUCCACAUAAAGAAACAAAUGUCUUUCUGCACACCCAUCGCCAGUGCACAUGGGGGUCCCUCAGCUUCAAGAUAAUUUGCAUUAUAUGUCAUAGAAAUUCUGCCACCAGUGCCCGGAUCAUCUAUGUCACCUCCAGGAAAGAGGACAGGGACCAAGGUUAAAUAUCUAGGCAGGCUGGUCAUACAAGCCAUUUCCAAUGUCCAGCGUUAAGUAAGGCUGGGUCUUACCAAAUCUGUUUUAUCUCCUUUUGUAUUUUCUCUCCCCUCCAGCAUGAUACCCCCCCACGCCAGGGAUCCUCACACACAUUCUGGUUUGCCCUCCACCUCAGACCACACCCCAAGGCGAGGAUCCAUCCUGAACUAAACCUUCUGCAUUUACCCCAGGUUAUGUCAUGCUAGGUUACAGACGAGCUCUUUUGAUUAAUUCACAAUAUGAGCCGCUAAUAAUAGCUUAACGUGCAAGCCCUCGCCACUCCCUAUUGUCAGAGCGUUUGUUUUUAAAUAGGAGAUUUUCAGAGCAAGUCGCAGAGGUUGGUAAGCAAGAGCCGUGUUCCAGGUGCAGAGUGGUAUUUGUGUGGCAUGACUUUGGGCUGACUUCCCAUCAGGUAGGGAGAGUUAUCAUGCGUGACAAUGGUCGAAAUGAAAUAAAAAGUUAAAAUAUCCCAUCUGGGACUUUUCCCUGAGUGAGAAGAUCCGAGAGCUUUUGAUUAUGGGGAGGGGAACCAUCCUGUAGCUCCAGCAGCUAUCUGGGCCCCAGUGAAGACGAUCCUUCUUUUGUUUGCAUGUUUUUAUCAUGAUAAUUAAAAUGUGUUACUGCCAGUUUCAUUUCUUGCUUUCCAAGCAUGAUGUGUUCGGCUCAUCCUAUUCAAAGAAAAGCCGGAAUGAAUCUAUUGAAUCUAUAUAUGUGAGCUUGGGGCCCCGUGAUGUCCUAUUUAUUUGCUAUAUAACAUUUUACAUUUUAUGUAACUUGCUAUUAUGCUUUUCUGAUCCUUAAAAAAAAAAAAAAAAGGUG